UCGAUGAGGGGCUGCUAGAGUGGUUUCGGUUAGAAUUUGGGAAACCGCUGCACGCCAAAGAGAGCAGGCGAAUCGAAUUCCCAAGAGCUCGAGCCAGAGAUAGGGUCACUAAUAAGGAAUUUCCUUUCUGGAAAUAAAAUAGAGAGCUAAGUGGAUACAGAACAGCGGUCCGUUUUCAUUUCCCAACUUAUUUUUUAAAACAAUGGACGCACAUAAAGUCAUAUGCAGACCUUUUGUUUCUUGACCCAUUUUGACGCAGUUUAUUCUUUCUGAAAGUCUGCACUUGGAAAAUUAUAGAGGAAAACUGGGAUUAUCAGGGUGUCAGGAGUUACUUUCAGCAAUGCGCCAGUUAAAUCUACCAGUAUUUGGAGAGCAAAAUAAAGCCAGAGGUUCUCCGCAGCAGGAACUGGGCUUGGACGGCGAGAAUCACUUUUUGGUUUUAUAACUUCUGUGCUCUCUCUCUCUCUCUCUCUCUCUCUCUCUCUCUCUCUCUCUCUCUCUCUCUCUCUCUCUCUCUCUCUCUCUCUCUCCCGCUUUCCCCAGGCUUUGGAGUGCGAAUAAGUUUAGAUCAACACAAGAUUGCGAUUUAUGCGGAUAAACUAACUUCCAAACUUUGUGUUGACGUUUGCAGUUGACGGUUUUGAGAAUUUGGAGAUACAAAGCGUCCAAUCUGAACUUCUUGAGAUUGGAAGAGAAAGGAAUGCUGAGCAGAAGAGGCACAUGGAGAGAUGCUGUUUCUUCGACCAUGGAACUGAAGGGCACUGUAGUAGUUUUAGUGCUUUUGCUUGUUUGCUUUUGUCCUAUUUUCAGCCAAGAGCUCAAUCCAAAGGGUAGGAAUGUUUGCAAAGUUCAAGGGUCACCCGGGUUUGUGUGUUGCAGUGGAUGGGUGCAGCAAGGUGAAGAGUGUUUAACACCUCUCUGUGAAGGUAACUUCACUUGUAACGAGAACGAGGUGUGUGUCCGACCAAACGAAUGCCGCUGUCGUCAUGGGUAUUUUGGGGCAAGCUGUGACACAAAGUGCCCCCCUCAGUUCUGGGGUCCAGACUGCAAAGGCAUGUGCACAUGUCACCCUAAUGGUAAAUGUGACGACGUGACCGGAAAAUGCACGUGCUACCCCAACCGCUGGGGUGAAAACUGUGAGAAGCCCUGCCAUUGCCAGAAAGGGAAGUGUGACCAGGAAUCGGGAAAAUGCACCUGCCACGCCGGUUACUGGGGGCCUCAGUGCAACAAUAACUGCUACUGCAGCAUCAACUCGGUGUGUGAUCAGGGCACGGGGCGAUGCAUCUGUAACCCGGGCUGGUUCGGGCGAAACUGCGGGGCUCAGUGCACGUGUAACAACUCACCUUGUGAGCAGUUUACAGGCCGAUGCCAGUGCAGGGAGAGGCUCUGGGGUCAACGUUGUGAGCGGUACUGCCAGUGCGUGCAUGGGAAGUGUAACCCAGUGGACGGAUCGUGUACCUGUAAACCCGGAUAUAGAGGGAAGUUGUGCCGGGAACCAUGCCCAGCUGGAUUCUAUGGACAGAACUGCAGAAACAGGUGUGGUCACUGUAAAGGCCAGCAGCCCUGUAAGGUGACUGAAGGGCGUUGUGUAACCUGUGAGAGUGGCUGGAAUGGAACUAAAUGUGAUCAGAUGUGUGCACCUGGUUACUUUGGAGAGAACUGUAUGAAUCAGUGUCCACCCUGCAAAGAUGGUCACUACUGCAACCGUAUUGAUGGAAAGUGUUCCCACUGCAAUCCUGGCUGGAUUGGAGAUCGCUGUGAAGUGAGCUGCCCUAACGGCACCUAUGGGGAAAACUGUGAAAAAGAUUGCAGCCAUUGUUUUAAUGGCGACUGCCAUUUUGCCACGGGAGAGUGUCUGUGUGACCCUGGCUUUUACGGGACAUACUGCAACCUGACCUGUGAGUUUGGUCAGUUUGGAGUGAACUGUGCCCAAACCUGUCCGUGCCAUGACAAUAACUGCAAUCCAGUGUCAGGGGCCUGCAACCUAUAUCCUAAUCAGCGGAUGGGAGUUAUAGCUGCGGGAACGUUGGUAACAUUCCUGCUGGUUGUUCUACUCUCUCUGCUGUGCUGCUGUUUCCUCUGUAGUCACAAAAACAACAGCAAUCCUGACCAGGAAAAUUCCACCAACAGCAAAAAGGCCAAAAUAAUCCUGUGUGGCGGAUUCAGCCGAAUCAGCACCAAACUUCCCAGAAUUCCACUGAGGAGACAGAAACUACCCAAAGUUGUUGUCACCCACCACGAUCCUGAGAACACAGUUGAACCCCCCUCCGUGGUGGACCAUCCAUCUCCAUCUUGGUCAUCCCAGGAGUCUUUCUCUUCCUUUGAGACAAGCGAAGAUGGCCCUGUUUACUGCAUACCCCAUGAAGAGACUUUGACUGAGAGCUGUGAGAAACAAAAUUCUAGUGCUGCACAAGAAAUGUCAUCAAUACCGAAUGAAGAAGAUGCAGGAGAGUACACGUCCCUCAAAGACACAAGAGAAUCUACUGAGAAAACUGUUAGCGAUGGGAGUGAGCAGCCACUCCUUAAGUCUUCAGACAACGAAGGUUCCACUAGUGGUUCUGAGUCAACCAUGGGGGCUGUUUAUGCCCAUAUCGCCCGACUUUCCAAACAUUCCAAAGAGGAGGAGGACAAUGCCUCUACACCAGAGGUCAAACGUAAUGGCAAGGCUCCAUCCCCAGAGAAGACAAAACCACGUCCUCCAGACCCCUCCACCAAACCGAAGGUGUCCUGGAUUCAUGGGACAUCUGGAACCAACCAAACAGAGCAAGGCCAGACUCCAACAACACGAAAAGAUAAGAAGAAGAACUCUGAAAGUUCUGGAAAGGUUGAUGAGAAACAGCGAUCAAAGGAGAAGUCGAGCAAGAACUGUGAAAAGCAUCAGGACAGUAAAAAGACAGAUGGAACUGAAUCUCCAAGCAAAACCAUAACUCACAAAGCUUCUGAUACUAUCGAGCACCUCAAUGGAACUUUCCAGAAUGCCUGGAAGAAGAUUGGAAGCCUCCACUCAGACAAGAAAAUGAGUGACACCAAUAAAGAUCCACCUAAGAGCCCGAAGUUCAUGCAUCCACACAUAAACUCUGAGGCUGCCACUCUACUUGCGGCUCAACUGAAGGAAAAGACCCAAAGCCUCAAUCGCAACGAGAGUGUUACAGUAGGCUUCAAACCCAAUGGCGUGUCAACCCCUCAAGCCAGCAGAGAGAAACCCACCCCACCUCAAAAGACCAAACGUUCUGUAACUGGGACCAACAAACCUCUUAUUCCCUCCUCCAGCAACCUUCAGAAGAUGGUGGGCCCUAUUUCAGACUCUACCCCUGAAUCUAAAAGUCCAGAGAAACUGGGGGUAAAUGGGGCCAAGGUGGAAGUUGAAGGGGAUGCCACACCAAAGAAAACGCCAAUCAAAAAACCACCAAGGAAAAAAGGAAAGGAGGGAAUGCUGGACAGUGAAGGCAAAAGCACUCCAAAGAUGGCCAUUAUGCCGCCUCAGACUGUCAAGUAGUAGUGUUUUGAAAACAAAAGACACAUCCUUUUUUAUUUUGUAUUAUCUUUUGUGGAACACUAUAUAGGAAUUGGAUGGAUUUUCAAAUGGAUGAGCUGCUUAAAGGAUUAAAUAUUUUGAAGGAUUUUGGUUCUCGAUAACUCUUUUGAAGUCCUGGAAUCGGAAGUAACACCAUGGUAUGACCAUAUUUUUAUGUACAGUAUUAAAAAUGAGUUAAAUGAAAUUAAUGUAAUAAGCUCAUUUUCAUAUGCUUUCAGUUUUAUAUCCACUUCAAAAUGUAAUUGUGUUCGAGCAUUGAACAAAGAGAGAUUUUGCUAUCAUAAUUUUCGUGAUUAUAAGAAGUUAUUUGUAGUUUUUGUGUCUGAAAGGUUGAAUUUAGCACUGUAUUGUUAGGUGGAAAGAAUGAACCGAAGGUACUGAAAAGGUACAGAGAUGAUACCAGCAUUUCUCCUAUAUUUUUUAUGUUCUCUCAGGCCAUAUAUGGAUAUUCAUUAGCUUGCAAAUCAAGCUUGAAUUAAGGAAAUGUUUUGCUUUGCUACUUGGAUAAUAUUUUUCAUAUACAAAUUUUUGUCCAUACAAUGCUCUCUAGAAUGAAAAUAUUCACUCCCCCUCAAUUAUUAAUACCACCACGGGCUUGACUUUAACACCCACCCACCAAAUGCAGGUAGAAAUCUGCAGUGGCAGGUAACUCCGUCACUCUUUCUAGCCACUUUGGAGGAUGACAUUUUCAGGGUUUUCCUGCAUUCAAAAUUCUGUGAAUGUCGGGCCGCCAAAGCAAAUUAAAUUAAAUACUAAAUAUUCUUCUUGUCUUAAAUGCAAGUUUGUCUAUUGUGGUGCACGAUUGAAGCUCGGUUUUUGCAUGAGUGUGGCAUAAGCCAAUACAGACCCAUUCGCAUGAGUGAACCGCUCUGGGCUAGCUUAUCUAUGGAGUGCCCACAUAAACUGGGCUUCCCUCAUUAUCCACGCUUUAUCAUUAUGCAUGCUCUAGAGAUAGGAUAGCACAGAGCUGAUUACUGCUAGAUUCAACCAGGCUUUCCUUAAUAUUGCAGCACAGAUCACAAAACUUAUGCAACCCAUUAGAAAUUUGGGUUACAGUGCUUUGAAGGAAGUCAGACACCUCAGACUGCUAGACAGCCUUGACAUUAUAAACAGCACUGGCGAGGAAAGGCGAAACAACACUGGCAUAACCAACAUAAAUAACAAGAAUUUCAACUUGCACAUCAUCACAGUUACUAAAAUUGUUACUGUAUUUUACUGUAGUAACACUAACUGGUAUUAUGACAGAAAUGUUACAGAUUCCUAUUCAAUCUACUAGGGUGAUUAUAUUUUUAUUACAAUUGUGAAAGUUGUAGUUAAAGUUUCUUUAUGUGCUUAGGCUAUUAGGUUUUUUCAUAAAAACUACUAUAGUUUAUUUUUUAGAAAGACCAUCUACAUUGACCUAACCAUUGAAAUGGUCAUGGCCUUAUUAUGACAAAUGCCGCUGUUAAAAAAUGGAAGAACAAUGGUAAACUUUUACAAGGGCAAGUUCUGUACAAUUUUGAAUGAAUGGGUAUAAAGUCUGAACUUCAAUGAAUUAUGGACAAAUUAUUGACAACGCUUCCUUUUGCACUGACUGGUCAUGUUUGUAUUAAACAUGCAUGCAGUUAAAAAAUUAAUCCUAGAGGUGCUUAAACAACAAUUACUUUUAUUCCCUUUGAUUAAAAGGUAGAUUAUAGUUACCUUCAUCACUUUUUGUGGGGUAGGUGAUUUCGGCUAGUGAAAAUUAUGAGAUGACUUUGGAACACCACUAGCCACAGUGGCCAGUGAGUCAAAAAGUUAAUGUCAUGCCCUGAAUACCACUUGCCACCGACUAGCAUUAACAAGUAGCAAUCAGGGUUUUGCUUAGCUGAGAUGUAAACUUAAGGCAAUAGAGCAAGUCAAAAUCUCAGUUAUUUUCUCCAUUGGGGAAUUGACUUUUAAGGAUAACUUAUAAACCUUUAAAAACAGACCUACUGUGAGUUUUGCGUAUCGAUUGCAUAUGCUUCUGCUGAAGCCAACGGUCUGCGUUAUUUUAAUAUAUAUAUAUAUAUAUAUAUAUAUAUAUAUAUAUAUAUAUAUAUAUAUAUAUAUUUUUUUUUUUUUUUUUUUUAAUUGUGUUUAAUAGCAUAAUUAUGGAUGAAUAACUACACUACCCAUGAUCCUGAGGGGGGAUAUCCAUCAAUCAGAUUCUUUGCUAACAAGCAGCCACCGCUCACGUCCUUGACGCACUGCGAAAGACAAAACUGAGUCCCUACACUUUCAAACUACUUAUAUAUUUGUAUAUUUAUAUAUACGUCUAAAUAUUUUGCAAUAUAAUAAAAAUAUACUGUUUCUAUACUUAUAAUCAGCAACUUUAAACUCAAUAGUUCUAUGUUUUUCUAAUGUUUUUAAUUUUGUUAGGUCAUUCUGAAGAAUCCAUGAGAUUGUAGUUCAUUCCCUCAUUAAAGAGGUUAAAUGCACAGUCUUGUACCUUUGUCUUUUUUUUUUUUUUUUUUCAAUCUUUAAAUACGUUUUUGCUUCAAAUCAAAGUUUGUAAUGUUGUGAUUCACCUCGGAGCUGGUUGGUUUUGUUCAUGGCUUAGAACUCUAUUAUGAAGAAUUCUAUGAAAUCUCCAUGAAAAUAAUUUAAUGGAAAAAAUGUAAUAAUAAAUUCUGCAACCAAAAAAUGGUCAGGCACUGUUGCGCUUCAUAAGGAUUUGCAUUUUCUCUAUUUACCUCUGUUGAGUCCCUUGUUUGUUGGUGUGCCUGGCAAUAUACCUUUCCCAGUGCUAUCUUUUACAUAAUUAUCCUUCUACAUUUUAAUCCAAUCAUGGGUUGUAAGAGGGUUGUAAGCACCUGGUGUCAAUGUUCAAAUAUUUCAUUUGAAUCUGCAAAUGAUUAGAUUUGAUCAGCAGCCCUGAAACAAAAAAAAAAGUAUGUUUGUCCAGCAACACUAAAACCAGCAGUAAUGCUUUUAAUUCAACCUGGUCUCAUAGUGAAAACGUGACUCUAUAUACAAGAAUGUACUUGCUAAAUGUUAUUUAUAUGUUCAGUAUUUGCCUUUGUUUUCAUAGAUCAUGUAUUAUUUGUCUUACCACAGAAACAAUCACAGUGCCUGAAAAAUGCCAGUAUAAAGAAGCCUCCAAUUUAGGUACCACUUUAUUGACCGCAAACUUAAGAUCCAGACUAAAGGAGUUGUAAAUUAAAUCUUGAGUUUCUUUUGAAUGGUUUGUCCUGCCUAUAUAGUUGCAGUAAGCUCAAUACAUCCAACAUUUUCUGUUGUGAAAAUUAGCACAAUGACUGUCUGUUCGAUGUUUUGUUUGUUUGUUUACUUUUUAGUUUACUGUUGUUUUUAGCUUACUGUCUGCACCACCCAAUAGCACUUGCAAACACUUCUAUGAUGAUAUCACAAGAAAUGUUUGUCAAAUAGUCUUUAUUAAAAAAAACUAAAAAAAAAAACUGGAAGGUUACGUUUUCAUGAAAGAUCUUGGAUUAAACGUUCAAUCUGGGCAUGUAAUAAUUUUUCAUUUGUAAGCCAGUUAAUUACUUUUUUUAAUUUUAUUUUUAUUGUGGUGUACAGUAACUGUUAUUCCGUCAUAUGGUACCAUAUAUUUUUUCUACAUGCUAAGAUAUUUUGUAAUAAUGUUGUUACCUACAUUUGUAAGCUGUGCUUAUACAACGUAUAUCUUGCUUUUUAAUUUGUUUGUGUUUGUCAAAUGAACUGGUUUUCAAAUUGUAUUACAUUUUAUUUCCUUUAUUAUGUGCAAACAUCAGGUACAUUGGAUUUAAAUUUAAAUAUCUGUUUAAAUAUCUUACUUUUUACUUUCAGUAGAGGUUUUUCACUUGUCUCUGUGGAUGUUUUUGUUUUUUUGUAAACGAUAAACUGUAUGAUGCAGAAGUCAGUGAGAGAUCAGCAAUAUCUAUGCAUUUAAUCCAGUGAUCUGUUUUACUUACUGCUUUUCAUUUCAUGUUUUUGCACGCAAUCCAGAAUAUUACCAACUGCAAUAAAUGAGUUUUAGAAGAGCUUGAAGAACAGACUUUGGCGUGAGCUUUGAGUGAAGCCCAGCCACCCAGAACAUUAUCAAUAACAGUCGCAUUAUGUUCAUUCAUUUUGUCCUGAUUUGUUAUUUUAUGUUGUUGAUGUGUGCUUGUUCAGUUACCUUGUUUGAAAUAAAAGCAAACCUGUAGCUCAUGUAUCUUAAUGGUACAAAUAUCAA